CUACGGAUGAGCCACUCGGCGAUCGAGCAACUGGCGGCCACAACCACCCCUCGCCGCGCAGAUCCGAAGCGACGAGGAUGUCUUCUCCGCCGACACCAUGAGAUCCGCUACGCCGUCAUCAUCACCGAUCGUGCCCCCAUGACUAACGAGCCUGAAGUCGUUCAUUGCCUCUUCUGCAUGCAUUUUGGGCGCGAGGUGUUGAGUAGCGUCGUGCGCACACGCAAGCCGAUGAAGAAGGUCAAGACGUUCAAGGCACCGUUCCGUGUGGAUCACUUCACGCAGCACCACAAGAUCCAUCACCUCGAGCGAUGGGAGUACUAUUGCAGCGUCACCGACGACGAGAAAAAGGUGUACUUCUCGUCGGAUCCGUUCGCGUCCGACGAGGUCAUGAUCGAUUUGCCACUGGAGCGACUAGAACGUACCCGGGGGCCUUAUAAAGUGGCGCCCAAGUUCAUUUCAUCUAAGGCGGCAUCGGAUCCGGCGAAAGAUGCGCGGAUUACGACACCAGCGUCCGCAAAAUUGGACGAGUCGGCUGUACAAUACCCCCAACAGUCAAUACCAGGUCGGUUUGACAAGGCCGAAGUGGAACAAAUAUUCAUGUACACCCAGCAGCGGCAGCAAGCAGACCUGGAAAUCGCACGGAAGAACCUCGAGCUCAAGCAGAUCGAAGUCAUCAGCUCGUCGAUGAUGGCGCGACAAAAGAUGCUGGAUGCGGGCAUCUCGCAGGAACACGUCGACCGGUUGAUUCCGUUCCCCGACGGCAUGGGAACGCAGUCUGUGUCGUUAUAAGUCGAAAUAAGUUGCCUUGAUUUGCGUCGGUCAGAA